UAAAAUAAGAAGUUAUAUAUUUUACUCAAAUAAAAGAAUGGCUGACAUAAAGGAAAAGGAUAACGAUGGCUCUAAAGAAGCUGGAAGUCCAAAAGCACCUAACAAAAAAGAUAAAAAGAAGUAUCAUGCAUUUCGAUCAGAUGAUGAUGACUCUUCUGAUCAAGAUGAAAUAGAUUCCCCUGUACCAAAAACUCAGAAGGUUAAGAAAGAUCGUAAUUCGUUUAAAGUAAAAAUCAAAAGUAUGAAAGGAAAGAAAAAAGAGAAAGAGAAAAAAAAAAAAGUAAAAAAAACUGGUGAUGAAAUUGAAGAUGGAACUCUUGCCAGAGAGGUAAUAUUUGGUGUGCCAUUGGAAUUAGCAGUUGAACGAAGUGCUUUUCCAGACAAAAUUCCUUUGCCACGUAUUGUAAGAGACUGCAUACAGCAUAUUGAAGAUACAGGACUUGAAACAGAAGGUCUCUACAGAGUUUCAGGGAUUAAAUCAAAGGUAGACCAAAUGAAACAACUAUAUGAUGAAGGAAAACCUGUUAGUUUCACUGAUGUUGAUCCCUGUGCCACUUCUAGUUUGUUGAAGCUAUACUUAAGAGAAUUACCAUCAAGUGUCCUUACCACAAGGCUUGCUCCUAUUUUUGACUCUUGUGUAGGAUUAACUGAUGUUAAUGAACAAGUUAAAAGAUUCCAACAACUGAUAAAUGAUCUUCCUUGUCCAAACAGAACUCUGUUGGCAUGGUUGUUUACACAUUUUAGUCAUGUAAUGCAAAAGCAUUCUGCAAACAAGAUGAGUAUUCAGAACUUAACUAUUGUUUUCAGUCCAACAAUGAGUAUUUCACAUGGUGUGCUUAAUAUUUUCUUUGAACACACCCCAGAGUUUUUUCCAGAUACAGAGCUUGUAAGAUAUGUCCCUCCUCUCAAAAAAGAAGACUACGAUGACUAUCCAGAAGAUGUUGCAGAUUUACAAGAUUUAUUGAAAGAAAAUGAAAUGGUUUUAACAGAUUUGCAUGAUCGAGUGAACCAAGGAUGUCAAGAUAAAGAAGUAAUGGAGGAACUAUGGGAAAGACAAAGGAAGUCAACACAAAUUAAACGAAAGAUUAAAGCUAAAGUACAGAGAGAAAAGCAGAAUCGAGAAAGCUUGAUCCAUGAGGAGGAAUGUAAUAUCUCUAACUUACAUGAUAAAAUAGACACAGAAGCCAAAGAGAUCCAAAAGAAUAUGGAAAAAUCUCCUCAAAAUCAAAAUUUAUUAAGUUCAAAAGUAAAUACAAACAUUAAAAAUAAUAUUAAAAGUAAUUCUGAUAUUAAUUUAUCUGAAAUUAAAGGUGAAAUCGCGAUGCAUUCAAAUCUUCAUUCAACAAGUACCCCAAUAAACAUACCAUCUCAAAAAAUAGGAAAAAGUCCAAAUAAAAGUUCUUCUCAACUACAGUUGCAUUCUAACCCUGAUGCAAUUAGUAACUCAUUAAACAUACAAUCUAAAAAGAUAGAAAGUAGUCCAAAUAAAAGUUCUUCUCAACAGCAGUUGCAUUCUAAUCCUGAUUCAAUUAGUAACUCAAUAAACAUACAAUUUAAAAACAUAGAAAGAAGUCCAAAUAAAAGUUCUUCUCAACAGCUGUUGCAUUCAAGUCUUAAUUCAUUAAGUAACUCAAUUAACAUACAAUCUAAUGUAUUAGAAAAAAGUCCAUUUAAAGGUUCUUCUCAAUUUGGUUGCGUGAAAAAUGAAUCAGAGAAACCUAAAGAUAUUAUGAAUCUUAAGAACCCUCUCCAGGAACAAAUUGAUGCAGAAAUUAAUAAGUUGCAGCUUGAGGAGAAGCAACUGAUGUUUGAAAAUGAGGAGUUGUUAAAAAUUGAAGAAUCGCUGCAUAAGAAAAUACAACAGGAAAAAUUACAAGUGGAAAAUUUAAAAGCUAGAAUAUUUGAAUUUGAAAAUUGUAAAACUAGUACUUCUUCAUCCUCUAGUUCUUCUACUAACUCGUUAUUCAAUGAUACUGAGAGGAUAUAUAAUGAAGUUGACAAUAUGGAGCUAGAACAAAAUUUAAAAGAUCUUGAAUGCAGGAAUAAAGAACUCGAGUUGGAGAACAAUAAUAUUAUUCUCAAGAUCAUUGAAGAAUGUAACCUAUGCGCAAAAAUAAUGGCAAAAAUUCGAUUGCUUGAAACAGAACAAUGAAUGUAUUUAUAAAGAAAAUAAAUUGUAUUUAUCUUAA